UGCUGGUUCCUGUCCCCCCUCUGCCUCACUCUCCACCACCAGAGCAAGCACGCGUUUGGUACAGCACAGACACAGGAACAUCAACCAACCAUGGCUGCGCCGCUGGCCGAGCGCUCGUUCGACGUCAUCGUGGUGGGCGCGGGUAUCAUCGGCAGCUGUGCGGCGCACGCGGCGGCGUCCCGGGGCGCGAGAGUGCUCCUGCUCGAGCGCUUCGACCUGCUGCACCAGCGCGGCUCGUCGCACGGCGAGUCCCGCACUACCCGCCCCACCUACACGCGGCCGCAGUACCCGCCCAUGGUCCGGCUCGCGCACCGCCUCUGGCACGACGCCGAGCGCGACGCCGGCUACACCGUGCUCACGCCCACCCCGCACCUCGACCUGGGGCCCCGAGACGGGCCGGCCUUCGUCGCCGCCAUCGCCAACGGCGGCGCCAGCGAGCUCGCCCCGGCGGGGGACGCAUCGCGGCCAGCGUGGGCGGAUGCCUUCAGGGUGCCGGAGGGGUGGGCCGCGGCGACCAGCGGGCCGGCCGGUGUGAUAAAGGCGACCAAGGCGAUGGCCAUGUUCCAAACGCUCGCCGCCAAGAUGGGCGCCGUCGUGAGGGACAGGGCGGAGGUGGUAGACGUCGCCAGGCAAGAAGGAAACACGAUCGUGGUGAAGACAUCAAGCGGGGAGGAGUUCCACGGCGGCAAGUGCAUCAUCACGGUGGGCGCGUGGGCGAGCAAGCUGGUGAAGUCGGUCACCGGCGCCGACCUGCCGGUGCAGCCGGUGCACACCCUCGUCUGCUACUGGAGGGUCAAGCCCGGGCACGAGGAGGAGCUGACGACGGAGGCCGGCUUCCCGACGUUCGCCACCUACGGCGACCCGGGCUUCUACGGCACGCCGUCGAUGGAGUACCCGGGCCUGAUCAAGAUCUGCAGGAACGGCGGGCCGCCGUGCGACCCGGACGGCAGGGACUGGGCCACCGGCAGCGGCGCGGGCGGGAUCGCCGAGAUCGUUGCGCGGUGGAUCGACGAGUUCAUGCCGGGCCACGUCGACACCGCCGGCGGGCCGGUGCUCCGGCAGCCGUGCAUGUGCUGCAUGACGCCCGACGAGGACUUCGUGAUCGACUUCCUGGGCGGGGAGCAGUUCGGGAAGGACGUGGUGGUCGGCGCCGGGUUCUCCGGCCACGGGUUCAAGAUGGGCCCGGCCGUGGGGAAGAUCCUCGCCGAGCUGGCGCUGGACGGCCAGUCGGGGACGGCGGCGGAGGCCGGCUUGGAGCUCGAGCACUACCGGAUCGGACGGUUCGAGGGCAAUCCGAUGGGGAACGCCACGAGUCACUGACGUGGGAAAUGGCCGUCGUUCACGUCACCUUCACCGUGGCUGUGUCUGACCACCGCGAUUGCCAAUUGGUCUGUGUUUGCCAAUAAUCUGCUGCACUGUGCAACUCCAAUGCGUUAUAUUUUAUCAUUGGUAGAAAUAUUUUUAUGUGAGCCUGAGUGGCAUGUGCGAAUCA